AUGGACCGCUUCCGGAUGAUCUUCCAGUACUUCCAGUCCAACUCAGAGUCUGUAAUGAAUGGAAUCUGUGGGCUGUUAGCCCUAGCUAGUGUAAAGAUUUAUACCUGCCUUGACUUCAGCUGCCCCUGCCUGCCCCGCUACAACAUGGCAUACGGCUUGGGGAUCAUGUUUGUGCCCCCCAUCGCCCUCUUCCUUUGCGGCCUCAUCCUCAACAGACAAUCUCUAGUGAUGAUGGAGGAGUGGAGGCGGCCACAGGGACACAGGAGGAAGGACCUGGCUGUCAUCAGGUACAUGUGCUGCUCCAUCAUGCAGCGAGCCAUGGUUGCCCCAGCUGUUUGGAUCGUGGUUACCCUCCUGGAUGGCAAAUGCCUGAUCUGUGCCUUCAGCAGCUCUGUAGACCCCAAGAAGUUUGCGGGCUUUGCCAAUGCCACCCUGGCACAGGCACAGGAGAUGCUCACCAGGGUGCCCUGCAAGGAGGAUGAGCUGAUGAGGAACAGCACAUCCCGCAGGGCAGUGUCCAGGUACCUGCACUGCUGGUCCCAGGCCCUCGGCUGGAGCAUUUUGUUGAUCCUCAUCAUAGCUGUUUUCCUUGCCCGCUGGCUCACACCUUGCUUCAACCAGGCUGCCCUCCUCCAGACACGUCACUGGAGUAACUACAUCGACAUCGAGCAGAAGAUUUUUGAGGAAACCUGCUGUGAGCACAGCCGGCUCUUUGCUCACCAAUGCAUCCUUCACUUCUUUGAAAGCAUGCGGAAAGAAAUCAGACAGCACAGCUUUGACUUGCCUGGAGAGAAUGAGAGAGAGGAAGAUCUUCUCCGGGGCAUCACAGACCACAAUCAGGUGAACAAACUUCUGAAAAUGUGGUACUAUGAGAAACCUUCCUUGGAUGUAAGCCAGGCGAUCCACAGACAGCCUCUGGAGCAAGAGAGAUCUCCACCCUGGGCAGAUAGCUGCAGUGCCAGGUCUAAAUUCACCCAGCACACCCAUAUGUGA